ACUCUGACCGCUGGGGGCUGCGAAGGAGACUAGCUGGAGACCGCACUGGUUAGUCGUAAGUGCACGCAAUCCGCUGUGUUGUUAUCCGGAAUUUAUGAUCAAAACGCUCCAGACACAAGACAAAGGUUCUUUUUAUACUCUGAAUUUGUCGAAAAGGAAGGAAAUAAUCAGCCAUAAGCAAUAGUGUUGUAUCGCACAGUAUAUUUCAAGAUGAUCCUUGAGGCCGUGCUAUUGGUUGUUAUUACGCUCGCCUUUCUUGCUGUCUAUGACUACAUGGCUACACCUACCAACCUCCCAGACGGGCCAAAACCACUCCCGCUGAUCGGAAACCUCCACAACAUCGCGGGCUCCGAGAUCCACCUCGCUGUUACCAAGCUCGUAAAGGAUUAUGGGGAUGUGUUCACUCUGAGGAUUCUGGGGGAGAGCAUCGUGUUUAUAAAUUCCGGAGCCGCGGCGAAAGAGGCAAUGCUAGGAAAGCAUAUGGAUGACUUUGCUGGGCGGCCAAAAAAGUUUACGUUUGACUACAUCACUCGGAACUGCCAGGAUAUCAUCCUUGGAGACUACAGUCGUGCUCUAAACUGGCGUCGCAAAGUUUUCCAUUCGGCCUUGCGCAUGUACGCUCCUAGAUUCGACAACAUCAUCAGAGAGCAAAUAGUCGCGUUCGAGUCGCGAAUGGACGCAAGCGAAGGUCUUCCUGUAGACUCAAGGGACGAAUUCGCGCUUCUUAUUCUCAACAUCAUCUGUUCCUUCGUCUGUGGCAAGACGUACAGCCUCGACGAUCCUGAGUUUAAAAAGAUUAAACAGUUUAAUAUCUACAGCGCUGAAGUACCAGUAGCUACAUGCAUAUUGAACAUUUUCCCCUGGCUAAUUCACUUCCCGUUGAAGUCUUCGCGCCUGUUCAAGGGCUUUAGGAACACGAGAGAUGAAGUACUGGAUAAGAUCUUCUUGGCACACAAGGAGACGUUCCAGGAGGGCAAUAUCCGGGACCUUGCCGACGCACUCCUUCAGGCGAAAAUCGAGAUCGAGCGCGAAGACAAGAAGGCAGUCGGCAUGGUGACAGACGAUCACGUGAUCAUGAUGCUCAGUGAUAUAUUUGGAGGAGGACUGGAGUCGACGAUUUCGUCCCUUCGCUGGUGUGUCGCCUUUUUAAUUUACCACCCAGAAGUACAGGCUCGCGCACAAGCCGAGCUUGAUGACGUCAUUGGAGAGAAGUUUCCUACACUGGCUGAUCGUGAAAAACUUCCAUAUAUAGAGGCUGUGAUUGCAGAGACACUGCGCAUGGGCAGUAACGUUCCCCUUGCCAUCCCACACAAGGCCAUCCGGGACACAGCCUUCAGAGAACGAGCCAUUCCCAAAGGUACAACAGUACUGCUGAACCUCUGGGCCAUACACCGCGACCCGAAGGAGUGGUCAAACCCCGAAGAGUUUUACCCCGGGAGAUUCAUCAAUUCCAAUGGGGAAUUCGAAGUACCCUCAAAGUUGUCCUUUUUACCCUUCAGCUUGGGUCGUCGAGUUUGUGUUGGGCAGUCGGUUGCAAAGGCAGAGCUGUUUCUUAUAGUUGCGCGCAUGAUUCAGCGGUACACAUUUGAGACACCACGUGAUACGCCUCGCCCCUGCCUUAAGGGCGUAGUGGGUGUUACACGAUAUAUAGAGGAUUUCAAGUUUUGCGCGAGACCGCGAACCACAACAUGACACAGCAGUGCAUAUUAGAGACACGUGAUACGCCACGCCCUUGCCUUGUGGAGGAGGUCAAAACUGCGAACCGCAGCAAAGAACUUGAAACAGCAAUUUGCUUAUAGAUAAAUUCCCAUGAAAGUUAUAUACCGAUCAGAAACGUAUUCUAGCAAGGCAUCUAUCAAUCGGGUUUGUAACAAUCAACGGGAUUUGUAACAUUAACCGGAUUUGUAACAGCCUAAGGAUUUCGUCAAAUCGUUUGAAUAGAUAACAUAGGUGAAACAUUCCAACAGUCUUCGUUGGUUGUAACAUAAGGUGACUCUAUGAAUGGCCACAUAAAAAUACCGUUUGCUUAUAUAUCUUUUAGCAGAUACAUUGUUAGACGAUCAAUUUUGUUUGACCUCAUGUUAAACGUUCUUACAAAUCCGGUUAAUUUUUCGUACAAAUCCGUUUGACUAGUUUGUUACAUAUAUCCGGUUGAUUAUUGUUACAAAUUCGGUUGAUGUUGCAUAAUCCGAUUGAAUUUUGUUACACAUCCGGUUGUUGUUACAUUUCCCGUUGAUUAUUACAUAUCCGGGUGAUGCAAGGCACACAAAAGGUAAGCCGUGUUGUAAGUGUGUAAUUACCAUGAUAUUAGAUUGCUUUAAAGAAGA